UUGAAUAUUGAAUAUAAAGAGCGCAUAUUACGUGUAUCAGAGGCAAGUGUAUUCAGCACAGGUAACAUUUAGUACUCAUAGCAGGGCACAAAUCGACAAUAUGGUUUGCAUAUCAUGUAUAUUUAUGCCCCUACUUUUCCUUGCGUGGACGUGGAUCAGCUCAUAUUUUUGGAAACAGAAGAAGGCUGCCGGCGAAAGUAAAGGUACUUUAGUAGGGGACUCACGAGAGCCCCCAUCUAGUUCCACAGCAGAUUCUGGAGGUUGUUGUACGACGAGUAGUGUCUCGAGUGCCGAUGCCAAGGCGAAGGAGGCGGGAUAUUCUAUAGGUGCUAGCUCGUAAUGCCACCCUGUCAAGCUAAAGUAAAGUACCCCUCGACUGGACUGUCGGGGAUCGGACUCGUGAGGUGCGAAUCCAACCUACAAAAUAAACUAGUGUAGCAACAGAAUCUUGGGACAGUUUCGUUCUCAAUUGAGAUAUGUGACCUCUCUUGAUAUAUCUGUGUCGGCUAUUAUAGGGAGGUAUACUGCAAGAAUUUGUUCAAAACUAUUAGCUUCGUAGCCCCGCCCAAUUGCG